UGUUUAGCUCUAGUGCUUCAGGCAGCCACCAGCCGCUUUUUCAAAUUUGGAGCCCACCGUUGACCGCGUCACGUGCUCACCGCGUCACGUUUCCGGUUUUGGAGCGCGUGGUUACCAUAGUAACGGAUGAGCGCGCGUCAAACAGCAGCAGCAGGCAUGAGUGCAGAUGCAGUUUUCUCUCUUCAAAACCAGUCCACCGCCAUUGACUAUAGCGGGAAGAUCCCUGUGGAGCACCUGGACUAUGAUUACAUUGAGAAGUGCAAAGAUGUAAAAUACCUGGAGAAGAUCUUGAGAGUACUUAGGUCUGGCGAUGAGGGCAUUUUUCCGCAUCUGAUCAAUUUCUGUGAGAGUCACUUGGAGAAACUGAACCCAAGGAGCCGAGCUCUCAGGAAGGAAAACCCUGUGGCCACAGCUGCCAGCCUCUCUAAAGAUGAGUGGAGCCAGAUUGUCAAUGAUUUGAAGACAUGGCAAGAAGAAACCAAAAGAACAGAGACUUCACUAACACAGCAGUCAAUGUUUGAUGAUCUAGUGAAAGAAAACACGCCACCUAUAAGAGGUUCCAAUUGCUCUGUUCCACUUAGUCAGACUUCAGAUCCAAAAGAAAAGAGGAAUUCUUCAAAACGCACUCUCCCACGUGAUUAUCGAGAAUGGGACAAGUUUGAUGUGGAAAAGGAAUGUGACAGAAUUGAUGGAAAUGUGGUCAAAAAUGAUCCACCUGUCAUUAUAAACACAAGAAACCCCAAAAUCAAGACUAAAGUGGAUGCUUCAAUGCUGACACAACCGGAGAAGCUCCUGCUGGCAAACCGUGAAAAGGACAAAGGCAAUGAAGCUUUCAGAGCAAACGAUUAUGAGGAGGCAGUUGCAUAUUAUUCCAGGAGCCUUUCCAUUAUACCAACUGUGGCUGCGUACAACAACAGAGCCCAGGCAGAAAUCAAGCUCAACCACUGGCACAAUGCCAUGAGAGACUGCCAGAGGGUACUCGAACUGGAACCAGAAAAUAUUAAAGCCCUGCUACGUCGUGCCACUGUUUAUAAUCACAUGGGCAGCUUCCAAAUGGCUGCUGAAGACCUGAGGAUGGUGCUUAGGAAAGAGCCGCAUAAUGCUGCAGCCACUCAACUUCUGUUUGAAACUGAGAAGAAGAUGAAGGAAGGUCAACCAGGACAGCAAAGCAAAGGCAAAAGAAUCAUCAUCCAAGAGGUAGAAGAGGAAGAUGACAGCAGUAACGAUGCAGCAGAAGCUGAGAAGACUGCUUGUCCGGUUGAACCUAGCCAGCCUGUGGGAGGGGAGGAGUGCUCAGCUUCUCCUGCCGAAAGGGGAGACAUGGGUAACGCUCAGAAAAAGCCCCACAGCAGAGGGGACGGGGGUCCACACGGUGAGUUUAACAACGCCCACCAUGGACACUGGAGGGGCAAAGGAGGCAGCGCUGACAAGUACAAAGUCUCACAGGAGUCCAAGGAAAAGGUAGCCAAUGGAACGGGCAAAAGGGGCUCCACAGCUUCAGCCCAGGCUGACCAGAGCAGCAGUAAGGGAACUCCGGUUGGAGGAAAUGCAUCGGAAAAUGUCAACCUCGAUGCCCCGUGUGGAGCCCUGCCCCCACAUCUGGCCCGGCUAAAGAAUGAAGGAAACCUGCUGUUUAAAAAUGGACAGUUUGCCGAUGCACUGGAAAAAUACUCACUAGCCAUCCAAGGCUGUACAGAUUCAGGGAUUGACAGUCCGGAGGAUCUUUGUAUUCUAUAUUCAAACAGAGCAGCUUGCUACCUGAAAGAUGGCAACAGUCAAGACUGCAUACAGGACUGCAUAAAAGCCCUGGAGCUACAGCCAUUCUCCCUCAAGCCCCUCCUGCGCCGGGCCAUGGCUUAUGAGUCCCUGGAGCGCUACCGUCAGGCCUACGUGGAUUACAAGACCGUCCUGCAGAUAGACAACAGCGUGCAGGCAGCACACGACAGCGUCAACAGGAUCACCCGGCUGCUAAUUGAGCAGGACGGUCCAGAGUGGAGAGAGAAACUUCCGGACAUUCCCCGGGUGCCUCUGUCAGCUCAGCAGCACCGCAGAGAGGAGCCACCCAGCGCAGAGGUCCUCCAGGCUCGAGCAGAGAAGGCAGCCAGGGAUGCAGAAAGGAAAGCAGAAGCGCAGUUUACAGCCUUGAAGCAAGAAGGGAAUGACUUUGUGAAGAAGGGCCAAUACCAGGAUGCACUGGGAAAGUACACUGAAUGCCUUAAGCUAAAGCCAGAAGAGUGUGCAAUCUACACCAACAGAGCCCUGUGUUACUUGAAGCAGGAGAGGUUUACUGAGGCCAAGCAGGACUGUGAUGCAGCACUGAAACUGGAGCCAAGUAAUAAGAAGGCCUUCUACAGACGAGCCCUUGCCAAUAAAGGCCUCAAGGACUACCUGGCGUGCAGCUCUGACCUGCAGGAGGUACUGCAGCAGGAUCCCAACGUGCAGGAGGCUGAGAAGGAGCUGGAGGAGGUCACAGUGCUGCUCAGGCAGAGUCUGGCCAACGCUUCACCAGCCAAACCCAGGAGGACUGUCCCCAUCACAGAGGUUGACAGUGACGAGGAAACAACAGCCGUAACUAACACAGAGAGCAGCUGCCGAGGAAAGGACAUUGGCGUCAACCUCAAGCCGACCGACGCCUACGAAUUCGGCCAGGCUCUGAAUGCAGCUCGCUGCAGCAGAAACACAGCGGCCUGCGCUGACUUGCUGGCCUCCACAUCCCCGGAAAUGCUUCCUCAGUUCCUGAGCACCCAGCUGGAUGGACACACCAUCAGCUUCAUCAUGCAGGCGCUGGACUCCCACCUCCUGGAGAGAGACCCUAACCUGGUCUACCAACACCUCAACCAUCUGCACACCACCAACAGGUUCUCGGUCGUCCUGAUGCUGCUGGAGAAGGACAAGCAUCGUCAUAUGACUCAGCUGUUUGAGCAUCUGUCUGCUGUGGAGAGCACCGAGUUUACUAAGAAUGAUGUUCAGAAUCUGGCCAACAAAUACAUCUGACCCACCCGCCCCUGCUCCCUGCUGCAUGAGCUGCUGCACCACUACAACUCUUGGAUCUAUGCAAAAUACUGUACAAAGGCAGGAAGCUGCAGAAUGUGCCGCAGUGCAAUACAAAUGGAGCUGAGUCACAUUCUCUCUACUGGCCUGAGCAGUAAAUGUGAUCACUGUAUGUUUGAGUGACAGUAUAAGGAAUAUAUUUUUCUCUCCAGAACAUUUUGCUAUGCAGAGUUACUUUUGUACCACCACUAACCACUCGCAUUGUACAACAGGGAGACAGUGGGAUAUUAUGGACCUUUCCUUUGAGUGUAAGAGGGUCCAAUGUACAAUGUUAUGUAAGGCUACAGGCAUGUGUUUCCCCUGAAGGCAGUUGAGUUGAGUUCUUCCAGUCUUUGAACCCUGUCAGUCUUUUGAUGUCAGUCAUUUAAUAAAUGAGCUUCUGUCAGACACCAGCUAAAAGCAGAAAUUCAGUGCAUGUUGUAUAUUACCUAAGUGUGGUAAUUUCCUACUGAGCUAAUUAACAUGUUCCUUGCUGCGGGACAAACCAUAAUAUAAAAGGUUUUAAUAUGACCACAUGAGCUGUAUUAUCUCUGUGGAAGAAAUAGGCAUCUGCAUCAUAUCUUAUUGAUGUUGUCCUAACAGUAUCUGUUGAAUUGAUAUCUUCUGACAAUGUUGCAGGAGAAAAUACAGUUUGUAACCGUACUUGACCCAGACGCUGUCUUUUUUUUUUUUUUAUUAUUCAGAUACGCAAUUGGCAGAUCUGGGUUCUAAUGUAAAAUCACUCUCAAAGGCUGGCGCUUGUCUUUUCCUUAAGGAAUGACAUACAGUCAUGUAUUUUGUUUACCAAAUUAGCCUGCCAGGCAACGCACAUUUAUCUUCACACCAGUUCAGUCAUGCAGGUGCGUACACACUGGAAAGAAGCAGCAUCUUUAUGGGAUGUGUGCCUUGGAUUUCAGACUUGGAGUCAACUUACAUUUUGGUGAGUGUCCAGAUACUCCUCAAGAGUGUGUAUUUAUGUCAUUCAGUAGCUUUUAUCAAAAUGUUAGAUGUCUUGGAUUUAUUAAUCAUAAAUCAUACAUAUAUUCACUUAGCUACAUGCACGUAAUUGUUUAAAAUAUAAUUUCUUUGCUAAUUUAAAAAAAACACAUUCUAUCCAUGUCAAGUAUUUAACUAUUGAAUAUUCCAGUCAUCUAAAAUUGAAGACUGCCUGAAUCCAAACCGUUCUUUGUUUUCAAAUGUUUCUACAUGAAUGUACCAAAUUUAGUGGGGUGGGGGGGGCGAGAGGCAAUAAUUUCACAUGUUCAGUUUCUCUUCACUGUGGUUUUAACAUUAUAUUUCAGUAGAAAUGUGUACACUAUUCACAGAGGGCUUUUCAAUAAACUGGGGGGAAAAAAACAUAUGUUCUUCUUUGUGCUGAGAUGAAAUGGAAUAAUUAAAUAAAAAUAAAAACUGGAA